GUCCUCGGUCAGCCAUGUUGGCAUAUCCUGUAUUCCGGAAUAUGUACUACACGUUCGAGAAAAGCAAUGGUUUGUGAGGAUGACACCCGAAAAUUAUUGUAAUAACAAUUUCCUGUAAAUGUAAUGAUAAAUCUGAUUCAUUGUUUACCAAAUAUUUAGAUUGAAUUUUAUGAUUUUCUUACUUGUAUUCGAAAAAAAUCAUUUUAAAUUAUAUAUUUUUUCAAAGUCAUGAGAGUGUUUGAUAGAUUAGGUAAUACAACGUAGUUUCAAUCGUAACACAGAUCUACUUUCGUUUAGGUAGAUGUUGUUAUUGUAGGAAAACAAAACAAACAGCCUGGAUUUUUUUUUUUAACUGUACUGAGUCAGUAUGUUUGGCCUCCUGGUAGCAGGGCGUCUUGUCCAGACAGACGUAACACAGGUGUCAGAAAACCAGUUCUUGUUUAACAUUCCUGAUGCGGAUGAUAUUAAUCACUUGGUGAUUUUCUUGACUGGACAAAUACCAUUUCCUGAUGGCCUUGGUGCAGCAGUAUAUUUUUCUUUUCCCAACCCACAAGGACAAUCUUGGUCUCUGUUAGGGCAUAUCACCAACACAAAACCAAGUGCUAUCUUCAAAAUAACCAACAUAAAGAAAGGUUCUAUAAAUGAGAAUCCUUUUGCUGCCACUAUGCCACACGUUUCCCACAUGGCCCAGGUGGGGAUUUCAGUGGAACCCCUCACCCAGCUCGCUCAGCAGACCCCAGAGGCGGGAACCAAUGUCUCUAAAGUGGACUCUUUCGUGGAGUUCUCACAGAAAAUGCUGGAAAAUUUCUUCAAUUAUGCCACAUCAUUUGCAGUAACACAAUCCCAGAUGACAGCCAAUCCUAGCGAGGCUUAUGUCACUUUAAAUGUUGUUCAGAACUGGUUUCAAAAUUUCCAACGUCGAUUGCAGCAAAACCCUUAUUUCUGGAGAGGAUAAACAGGGAGCAGUAUGAGGGUGUUCCUAAUUCUGGAGAGGAUAAACGGAACGGGAUGAGGGUGUUCAGGAUUAAAUGUCUUGAUUGUGUUCUAGGUCAGGUUUGAAUGAAUAAGUAUUCUGCUGUUCUGUUGAAUGUUCUUAACUUACGGUGAGAUCUGAAAAACGCUGCCAGAUAGAUUAUAAAUCAGCAAUACAAAUGGAUACUAACCACAUGCAUUAGAGAAUCCAAACUUCAUUGUUUUGUAUUUUGUAUCGUAUUAGCAUCUGAUUUGCAUAGAUGCAGUCUGAGAGCAUUUUGUACCUUCCCCCUAUCAUAAGUAUAAUGUAUAAUAAUAAUAAGUGAUGGUACAUGUAUGUAUUUCAUGUUUGCGUACUGCUUGAAAUAGUAAAUAUCCAAACCAAAACCUGUUUAUAUCUGUAGAGUCUAGUGUUGUUACUUUCAAGUUUUCCUCUCCUUGUUUUUUUUUUUCUAGCUGUGGCACCGCAGAACCAAACUAAUGCUUUUGUAUCUUCUGUGCUUUUAUAUAUAGUGUUACUUGUUGUGAGACAGUAGCCGUAUAAAUCUAAUAGAGAGGUUGAGAUUUUAAAUGUCUGCAUGUAUGUGUACUUGUAAUAGAGGUAGUCACCAAAAAACCAGUGUAUUACCUCAUCACUUUUUGUGUACUUGUAACUAAAAAACCAGUGUAUUACCUCAUCACUUUUUGUGCUGACAUAUCAUCUACAGAGACAUCUACACUUAAGUAUUAAUGUGAAACUUUGUAGUGUAGAGCAUGACGCUGUGUAUGAAAUUUAAGGUGUAUUUUGUCAUUCUAGAUUUUAAUGUAAUUCUAAUUUACGUAUUUUAAUCAAAUUAUUUGAACCAGUUAAUUAAAGUCCAAACUUUUUACUGAAAAUACAGUUUGCUGUUUGUUUAAAUGUUGCUGAAAAAUGAAGGGAAACUUCUUUGUUUAUUACAUGUAGUUGACAUUUUUAAAGUCUCAGCCUAUCUAUUACAAGUGAAACCAAGCAUAUUUUCAAUUCAAAUAGAAAUUUAGUAUAUUUACAUUUACAACCAAAUGUUUUAAGAGCUGUAUAUUUGCCACUAAAAAAUAAAUUACAGAAAUCCAA